AUGAUAUCGUUGUUGUUGUUGUCACACAGAAAAUCGACCUUGUUUAAUGCCCUGACAAGCAGCAGCGUUCCUGCAGAAAAUUAUCCCUUCUGUACUAUUGACCCGUCUGAAGCACGAGUUCAUGUACCAGACGAACGAUUCGAUUGGCUAUGCGAAACGUAUCAGCCAAAGAAGCAAACCCCAGCGCAUUUGACUGUUGUCGAUAUUGCCGGUCUGGUGCGUGGAGCUGCACAAGGCGCUGGCUUAGGAAAUGCAUUUUUAUCCAACGUGGCUUCUGUCGAUGCAAUCUAUCAUUUAGUGCGCGCUUUUGACAACGACGAUGUGACGCACGUAGAGGAUACUGUGGAUCCUGUACGCGAUCUCGAAAUCAUCCAGGAUGAACUUCGCCUCAAGGAUGAAGAAAUGCUUGAGAGAUAUUUGACAGACUAUAGCCGCGCUGCCAAGUUUCCUGACAAAAAGCACAUGAAGGAACAUUUGGAAGUUAUAGAAAAAGUAGCCAACUUUGUUUCGAAAUCCAGCGAUGUGCGCAAAGGCGAAUGGACUGCCUCCGAAGUGAACGUUAUCAAUUCGCUGCAUCUUUUGACAGCCAAGCCCAUGAUCUACUUGUGUAAUAUCAGCGAAAACGAUUAUCUUCAAGGUGCAAAGAACCCUUGGCUACCAAAAAUUCAAGACUGGGUCGAUAAGAACAACAAAGGUGACCUUAUCGUUCCAUUGUCGGUCGCUUUGGAAUCCAAGCUUUUGAAUGACAUGCUUCCAGAUGAGGCAAACGAAUAUCUUGCUGAGCAUGGUGUCGAAUCACAAUUACCCCAACUUAUUCUUGCUGGAUAUAAAUCCUUACAGUUGAUCCAUUAUUUCACAGCAGGUCCUGAUGAAGUGCGCGCAUGGACUGUGCGAAACACGUCCAAAGCGCCACAGGCAGCUGGUGUGAUCCAUACCGAUUUUGAACGUGGGUUCAUUUCCGCUGAAGUAAUGAAGUAUGCUGACUUGAGAGAAGCAGGAAGUGAGGCAGAUGUCCGCGCAGCUGGCAAAUAUAUGGCCAAAGGAAAGGACUAUGAAGUUGAAGACGGUGAUAUCAUGUAUUUCAAGUUACAGGAAAGAAGAAAUAGAAAAGCAAGUCCGGAGGAUCUACCUAGCGAUGGUCAAAAGGAAGUUAACAUAGAGGACUCAAUGUACAUAUUUACUACUUAG